GCUGAUUGUGCCGAACAUGAUAAUCAACUUAAGGGGCCCGUGCUUCACCUUUGAAAUGACCGCGUGCCUAUCAACAAGCAGAAUAAACCCAACCCUGGCAACUCAUACUCCCAGAAAUAAAGGAUCCUGCCAUGUUAAUGUACAUGAUUGGAGACAAAACACCACACUAACUUAACCAAUGGGGUGUAUCAUCACCUAAAACACCAUUGAUUACUCACUCUUUAUAACAAGAAUUGUUGCACGUAGUAUGCAAGUGCUUCCCAAGGAAGAUAUGAAUCAGCUCGUAAAAAUAGUAGAAGAGGGCGUUGAAGUGCCAAUAAACGUAAGUAUAAAUGAGUUGUCUAAGGACGGUGAAGUGUAUUCUAUUGAUCUACUGUCGUGCACCAACAUAAAGGACAACAGAAGGAUUGAGUUCAAUAUUAUUGAGACAGAGGAGAUCACCGCUAUAGAUAACAGCUUGGUUUUUGAGGAAUUCGUUAAUGUGAUCUAUGUCGAUGAUUAUGUGGAAAGAAUUGAGGACGAUAAUGGCUGUUUUACUGGAUGGUUUAAGACCAAUUGAUGACGAGACACAGAGAAUGUAGAUUAACAUGGUAAUGUAUGAUACACGAGCGAAAAAUAAACAUGUUGUGUAAGCCA